AUGCCGAUCAACAACACCGCGAAGCUCGGAGGGACCGCCUCCGAUGAGACCGUCGCGAAAGUCGGGCACGGCCUCAUGAUGAUGACAUGGCGCGGCUCGGGCGUCGUGCCCGACGAGCAGUGCUUCGAGGCCAUCAAGGCCGGCAUCGACGCCCUCCCGCCGGGCACCAAGGCCCUUCUCAACAGCGGCGAGUUCUACGCGAACGACCUCGGCACGGGCAACCUCGAGCUCCUCGCGCGCUUCUUCGACAAGCACCCCGGCUACGCGGACAAGACCUUCCUCUCCGUCAAGGGCGGACGGUCUGCGCAGGGCCUUGGGCCCGAUGGCUCCCCGGAGAACCUCCGCCGCAGCGUGGACAGCAUCAACGCUGCCCUUCGCGGCACAAAGAAGCUGGACCUCUUCGAGUCUGCGCGCGUAGACCACAACGUGCCCGUCGAGGAGUCGAUCAAGGCACUCGCGGGCCUCAUCAAGGAGGGCAAGUUCGACCACAUCGGCCUGUCGGAGUGCAGUGCUGCGACGCUCAGGCGGGCGCACGCUGUGCACCCGAUCGCUGCUGUCGAGAUCGAGGUCAGCCCGUGGUCGUACGAAGAGGAGACCAAGAAGGUCAUCGCCGCUUCCAAAGAGCUCGGCAUCUCCGUCGUCGCCUACUCCCCCCUCGGUCGGGGCUUCCUGACGGGGGCGAUCAAGAGCGUGGACGACCUGCCCGAGAACGACAUGCGCCGGCGGUUCACGCGCUUCGGCGAGGAGUACAUGAAGCACAACCUCGCGCUCGUCGACGCGCUCCAGGCGAUCGCAGCCAAGAAGGGCUGCACGCCCGGCCAGCUGAGCAUCGCGUGGGUCGGCUCGCUCGGCGAGCACGUCAUCCCCCUCCCCGGGUCCUCGAAAAAGGAGCGCACGCUGGAGAACCUCGCGGGCGGCGACGUCGUGCUCACGGAGGCGGACCUCGCGGAGAUCAAUGCCGUCCUGGAGAAGCACGAGGUCAAGGGCGAUCGCUACUUUGGCAACCCCGCGGCCGCGCACUUGUGGGGAUGA